AUGAGCAAAAACACGGACCAGUUAUUUCAUGGCAGCCCCUGGCUCCACUUCUCCGUGUACCUCUUUGCCUUCCUCGUGGGGCUCCCCCUGAACAUGCUGGCCCUGGUGAUCUUCGUGGGCAAGCUGCGGAGCCGCGCGGUGGCCGUGGACGUGCUCCUGCUCAACCUGACCAUCUCGGACCUCAUCCUGCUUCUCUUCCUGCCCAUCCGCAUGGCGGAGGCGGCCAAUGACAUGCUCUGGCCUCUGCCCGUCUUCCUCUGCCCCUUCUCGAGAUUCCUCUUCUUCACCACCAUCUACGUCACCUCCCUCUCCCUGGCGACUGUGAGCGUCGAGCGCUUCCUGAGCGUGGCCUACCCGGUGUGGUACCAGAGCCGGCCCAGGCUGAGACAGGCGGUGCUGGUCAGCGGGGCCUGCUGGCUGCUGUCCUGUUCUCACUGCAGCGUGGUCUACAUCGUGGAAUACUCAGGAAACUCCUCCGUCAAUAGAAAUACGACCUGCUAUCUGGAAUUCGAGAACUACCAGCUGUCAAUUCUCCUGCCGGUCCGGUUAGAGAUUGCCGUGGUUCUGUGUUUCAUACCCUUGCUCAUCACCGCCUAUUGCUACAGCCACUUACUCUGGCUGCUCAGUAAGGGAUCUAGACGGCACCUGCGACGGAGGGUGGCGGGGCUGGUGGCGGCCACGCUGCUCAACUUUCUCGUCUUCUGCGGACCUUUUGCCAUGUCCCACGUCGUGGGCUAUAUCCAGGGUCACAACCCACCGUGGAGAAGUUACGUGCUGCUGCUCAGCACCCUGAACGCCUGCGUCGACCCUCUUGUCUGCUACUUCUCAUCCUCUCAGUUCCAGGCGCAAGUCCACGGGCUGCUGAGGAGGUUGACCUACCAUCCCGGGAGACAGAAAAACCAUGUCAAGCUGAGCAAGAAGACAAAGUCAGAGGGACAGCAGCAGGAAGUGUCCAGUACGGAGAGUUCUAGACUCUAG